GUGCUCUUCGAAGUAUCUUUACAAUUUUGAUGAUGAUUGAUGUUGCUUAUGGACAACUAAGUAAAUUUGCUAAUAGUUUUAGUUUAAAAUAGACACUGCUUCUCUACAAUUUUCGAAUUAUUUUGUGAUGCUCGAAGAUGGUCUUUACACCGACUCCGAGCCAAACUGGAUUUUAAUUAUGCUCGUGUUUAUCAUCACUUCAGCAAUUGCGGCAGUGACUGGAAUUGCUCUUUUAUGUCACAGACCGCGUAUUGCAGAUCCACCUCUUUUCAAAGAUCCGUUGUACUAUCCGGGAGGACAACCGGUGGCUACAACAUAUAGGCAAUAUCCUCUUGAAUAUGAUGCAAUGGGAAGUGAAGAUAUGUACCCCAUGACAACAAGAAACUUCAAACCGAGCUAUGAGUACGGUGAACAAAUCGCCACUCAAGAACUUUGAAUGCAUAUAAGCCAGUGGAACAUAAUAUGAAUCUGUAGCUUAUAUUGAUACAACGACUCUUUUUUAUGGGAUGGUUCUUUAUAAUUGUAAAAUUUAAAUUUUAUUUAUUGUGUUGGGUAUUUGUGCGAGAUUAUCAAAUACAUUUAUCAAAACCUGAUCCUUUUCCGCGCAUUAAUACUUUAAUGUUAUUUUGUCGUUUCUAGUCUUAAAGUUUUCUUAGGCUUUUGCCUUUCGGAUUGGCGAUUAAAUCAUGUCGUACGACAAUA